AUUUUUUUUGAUCAUUUAAAAAAAAAAUGACAAAAAAUUAAACAUUAAACAUAAAAUAAAUUAAACAAUCUCAAAAAAUACUUGAAAAAAAAAGCGGUCGAGGAAGAAAAGCCCGUAACGCUGUCUCUCCCAAAUCAGCACAAGUCCCAACAUCGUCAAUCAGUCCAAUUCCGGCGCCAACAACGACGACAAUUGUCCCGCAGCCAUCUCCGAGUCCCGCUACCCAGAAUUCCACACAAUCGCAACUCAAUGUGGUAACGAGUGCGACGCCAAUUGUCAGCCAACAUCAGCAGCAGGUGAACCAAAAUCAAUCGAUAGUUGUUUCGAGUCAGCCGCCGCAGCAGCAGCAACAACAACAACAGAUAAUAUCGAUUCAGCAGCAGAACAACGGGCAACAUCACCAAAAUCACACGACAUCUGCAAGUAUUAUCCAGCAAACAGCCACAAUUACCACAAUGAAGGAUCAAUCGCAGCAACCAAUGACCCCCAUGGCAUUCUACCCAACAUGGCAAGCUGAUCCAACACAAGGAUGGCAAAAUCAGUUCAUCCAACAAAUCCCGCAAAACACACCUACAAUUGCUCCAUUGGGAAGUUCCCUCGACUUCCAACCACAAGGUUAUGCAUAUCAAGCAAACAGUUAUGUCCAAACGGGACUUGGCUUCGAUCCAAAUUACGGACGUCCCACAUACGCGAGUCCCAAUUACAUGUCGAACCAACUUCCGCUCAGCAAUCAAGUGUCAUUGCAAAGCGUCAACUUUGCGCCAACUGUCACAUACGCCGGUCAAGUAUCAAGCGGACCCGCUUUACUCCUUGGCAGCGGUCAAAAUGGCGCCGAAACGCAAAAACAGUUGUCGGGAAACGACAUGCCUGGCUAUCCACGAGUGAGCAACGUUCCGCAGCGCUCACUCAAUUGUAAUGGAUAUCCGGGCAGUGAAUAUAGCGGAACACAAACCCAAUCAACUCCCCAAAAUAGCAACAGUAAUAGCGCGACGUCACAAUCAUCCUCGGCAUCGAUGCAACCGCCCUCUGCAAGUAUGACGUCAUCAUCCCCGAGCAGAUCGCGCCCAAAUUCUAACCAACAAAUUUAUUCGCCGAGCCAUUUGAAUGCCAAUAUGAGCACUUAUAGCAGCUCGCCGAGUCACACAACGACUCCCGCCAUGAGCUACGGAAGUCAAGACAAUCAAAAUGGACAAAGCCCGGGCAGUAAUGGAAAUUCGGGCGAUUGGGCCUGGAAUAAUGGGAUGUCGCAAGGGCAGCAGGAAAUGUUCAACCAAUCAGAUCGCGUUAACCUGAAUACGCGGUUAAAAACGAUGAUAUUGAACAAAGAAACGCAAGACGAUCCCAAAUUGGGCGGAAAUGACCAAUCUCAAGCUCAGACCGGUCAUUUUUUAUCGUAUAGCCACCACCUCCGAGACACACCGAACAGCAGUAUGAACGACAAUAACACGACGGUGCCCGCCCCAGAUGCGAGCAACGUCGAUUCAUUCGGGCGUGGUGGCAUAUCUGAGACGUGGAAGUUCGGCAAUCCCGAAUUUCCCGCCAAAACAAGCAGCAACAAGAAGCAGGAUUUUGAGCAGAAGCAGCAAUCAAUUGAGAAAAGUAUCGAAGAUAGCAGGCGCGAAAACGCAGAACGUUACGCCUCAUCGCCAUAUUAUGGCAGCACGAGCAGUAAAAGCAAUAAUAAUAGUAGUAAUGAUAAGAUGCAACCACAGAAAAACAAGAGUCCGAACAAGAAUCCCUCGUAUUCGUCGAAAUCCAGUCACGACAAAGUCAAACGCGAAACUUUCGACCCCUACGAUUUUGACGCGAAUCGCAGUGUGAAACAAGAAUCCGACGCCGCACGUCCCGAAGCUUUCGAGAAAAACUACCAAAGUUUCAUCAAAUAUUCGGAUUUUGUCGAAAAUCAACAAUCCCAAACCCAAACACAACAACAAUCGACAUCAGCGCCAUCUGUCGACCCUAAACUCGAAUCACAACCGAAUUAUUAUCUGCCAUCUUACGGCAAUUAUUCGGGUUUUCAGCCGUAUCCAACUUACUCCCAAGGUUACACAAAUCUCACGCCACAAAACUCGUACACGCCCCAAGAAACGCCCGGCAUCAAUCAGUCGAGUAACAGUGCGUUUAUGGCGACAAAUCAGCAACAAUCGACGACGACAGCGACAACUACGACGAAUUUCGAGCAGCAAAUUCCCGCACACACAUAUCCAAAAAUAAUUGGCGCGACGACAAAUACCUCGAGUGCCGCUGCCAAGUCAGAUAAUGGCGAGCUGAGUCAAGACAGUGGCACGUUAACGCCAAAAAUUGAGCCGGAAUAUUCGUCGGAGUUUAGUCAAGGAGAGACUGGGACGCCUGUUAAUGAGGGGCAAAGUACGAGUCAGAGUAGUGAGUCGGAAAAUGCCGCAAAUGUCGAGAAAGUUGACGUGAAGAAGGAGGGAAAAGAAGAAAAGCCGAAAAAAGUGAAGAAAGAGGCGAAUGCAGAGGCGGGAGAUGCGCCAGCGAAGCCCAAACCGAAAAGAGUGAGAAACAAAAAGAAAAAAGAAGACAAAAACAAAGAUAAAGACGACAAACCAUCCGAUCCAAAGCCCGAAGAAAAAAAGGAAAUUGUCGAAACAAAAGCGAUGAAAAAGGCAAAAGAUCCUCUCAGCAUAAAACCCGAACUCCCCAACUGCGAUUGUUUCAAAGAUGAAAAAGCGCCGCCCGAACCCGGGAGUUAUUACACGCACUUGGGAUGCGCCGCCACACUCGCCGACUUGCGAAAAGAGAUCGAACAACGCGUCGGCAUCACGGGCAAGCAACUUCGCAUCGAAAAAGUCGUUUACACGGGCAAAGAGGGCAAAUCAAGUCAAGGAUGCCCCAUCGCCAAAUGGGUGAUUCGACGCGUCGAUCCGGAAGAAAAACUCCUGUACAUCGUCAAAAAUCGCAAAGGACACCGAUGUAAGGCAUCGUGGCUGGUAAUAUCGAUUGUCGUAUGGGACGGCGUGCCUCCGCAUGAGGCAGAUAGCGUUUAUCGCAUGCUAAUCCACAAACUAAACAAAUUCGGUUUGCCGACGACGCGGCGCUGUGCCACGAACGAGAAUCGAACGUGCGCGUGUCAAGGCUUGGAUCCCGAAACGUGCGGCGUCUCCUACAGCUUCGGAUGUUCGUGGUCCAUGUACUACAACGGAUGCAAAUACGCCCGUUCCAAAACUGUUCGGAAAUUCCGUCUUUCGGUGAAAAAUGAAGAAGCUGAGAUCGAAGAACGCAUGAAUAUUCUCGCGACGAUGUUGGCGCCAAUUUAUUCCAUGGUCGCUCCCAAGUCGUACGAGAACCAAACGCAGCACGAACGCGAAGCCUACGAUUGUCGUUUGGGUCUGAAGCAAGGAAAGCCGUUCUCCGGAGUGACUUGUUGCUUGGAUUUUUGUGCGCAUACGCAUCGCGAUUUGCACAAUAUGCAAGAUGGAUGUACGGUGCAGGCGAUUUUGCUGAAACCGCGACCUUAUGGAAUGCCGCCCGAUGAUGAGCAGCUGCAUGUGUUGCCCAUGUACACGAUGGAUACGACGGAUGAAUUUGAUGACGAGGAAGCGCAAAAGAAGAAAAAUGAGACUGGAGCGUGCAAGUUGUUGGAUAAAUUUCCAACGGAAGUUCGAGUACGUUCAACGCCCCUUCAACCUUGUCGAAGGCACGGCAAAAAGCGAAAUAACGGCAAAGACGACGACGAAUCGUUAGCUGAUGAAAUUUCCGAACCUCCCAUGCCCGAACCAAAAGUCGAUAACAAGAAAGAAAAACGCUCGAAAAAAGACAAAGACAAUCUAAAAGCCCCGUCGACUCCAACAACGCCCGGAACGCCAACGACAAAAGUCAAUCCCUCAUCUAACUCGUCAAUGUCGCCGCGCGCCGGCACCCCAAACAGCUUGAGCAACAAUUCAAACUCUAACAGUGCUUUUACGACGCCGCCCUCGAGCGUUCAGCAACCCGCUGGAGCAACGCAACAAUCGUCACAGCAGCAACAAGGACAACAGCAAGGGCAACAGCAACAAAAACCGCCCGGAAGCACAAGUCUCAUCGACAUGGCAAGCAUGAUAGACAACUUUACGGAUGCGCAACUGCAAUCCAACCAGAUUUCAAGUACGGUCUUAGACUCUCCUUAUGCUGCAUACGAUUAUAAUUUAGGCACUUAUGUAGAUACCCGAACGUAUUACAAUCAGUGGCCUGACUACGGAUACGCGAACCGCAAACCGGAAGAGAUUCCGGAUACAACGACGCGUCCCGGCAGCAACAGCAGCAAUUCAGCGUUCAGUCCGAGCAUUUCCGAGCCGAAAACUCCGACAAAUUUCACGAAUUUGGAGGAUUUCAAGCCGGGAUUCCAUCAAACGGAGCGUGGAUUUGUGAAACCAAAGCCGCCAGACUAUCACACGGGCUACGGGUAUCACACGCCGGGCUAUCCAAACCCCACAUAUCCCUAUAGUCCCUAUGAAAGCCCUUAUAACAGUUAUAAUUACAACUACACCCAAAGUUAUCAACCGUACAGUUAUACGCCGGGACCCAUGCCUCCGCCAGGCCCAACUUCCGUACCAACGCCGCCAAAUUGGAGUUUAUAUCCGCAUGCGAACCCUGCAGCGGCUGUUAGCAAUCCUGUGCCCAUCAUGAAGGCGCCGGAAGCCCCAAAAGAGACCCUGGGCGAAAUCAAGGAAAUUAACGACAAUUUGGAUUGUUUCGAAGAAACCCAGAUGGGGGGCGUUGCAAUCGCACUUCAGCAUGGAAGUCUCGUCAUUGAAUGUGCCAAACUGGAAAUGCAUAGCACAACAGCUCUAAAGCAUCCAAAUCGCUUGAAUCCAACUCGCAUGUCUUUAAUCUUCUACCAGCAUCGAAAUUUGAACCGUCGAGCUCAUGGCACUGCUGAAUGGGCGGAAAAAAUGCGUUUGAAAAAAUUGGGAUUGUCUGCGGGCGACGAAGAAAUGCUCAUGAUGGAUGACGACAUCAAAGACGAACCCCUGGAUGACUUUGACGACCCCGAAGCGCAUUGGGGCUCGAAUCGCAUGUCACAAAAAAAAUCCAUGCCGCCAUCAAUGACACAAAAACCCAUGUUAAACAAGGUUGUGAAUCAUCAAAACACCUCCUCCUCCUCCUCCGAUAUUCGGUAUCAUCAUCCGCAUCAUUCGCAUCAUCAUCAGCACACGACGACGGCACAUCAUCCGCCAUCGCAUCAUCUUUCGCAUCAAGGCACAGUUCCGCCCGCAAAUAAUCAUCACAUGAUGCAACAAUCGCACAUCCCAGCGGGAUACCAACAGCAUCAUGCGUCGCAUCAUCAACUACAUGGCGCCGGUUCUGGGCUCGGAAAUCAUCAUCAUUUCGCGGGAAGCGGCGGAAGUGAUCGUUCAACGCUUACGAGGACGACUACGAGUUGGACUACGCAAUUCCCGAUGCAUCCGUGCAUCACGACGGGACCAUACUACGAUAGUCAGGCAGCUGCUGCGGCAAUGGGCCUUGCAUUAGAUCCGAAUAUGCCGCCGCCUCCAACUUGAUUUCCGAUCAUUGACGUGUUUUAAGUUUUUUUCGCGCGCUUUUAUUUAUUUUUGUUUACUUUUUUGUAAAAAUCGAAUGAAUACCGACGAUCACCCAUCGUCUAUAAUAAGGAGUAUCGAUAAGAUCAUCAUUAUACUAUUUAUUAAAC